AUGCCACUCGUUAUUCUCACCGGCUAUCCCUGCUCCGGUCUCAGCUAUCGCGCAAAUCAACUUGCGUCCCUACUCGAGAAAGCGCAAGAUGAGAUCUUCGCGGCCACUGACGCAGAGUCGCCCGCAUCCCUAAAAUUCCGGUACAAGAUCCACGUCGUUUCGUCGCACGAUAACAGUUCGUACCCCCGUACUGUCUACGAUCAUGCUAGAACGGAGAAGGAGGCUCGCGGUGUCGCAUAUGCGCGUGCGAAGCGUGUGGUGGCCAAGGACAGCAUUGUGAUCCUGGACGGCAUGAACUACAUCAAAGGGUGGCGGUAUCAGCUUUGGUGUGAGAGUAAGGCGGCGGGGACUUCGUGCUGUGUGGUGCACGUUGGUACUCCCGUUGACCAGUGUGUCGCGAACAACAAGGCUCGCCUGGAUCGGGAUGCAGCCCAGCAAAAGGAUACUUCGUCAACAGCGCAACCGGAUCCAUCAAGCGACAAUACUGCCCCGGCCCAAUCAUCAGACACCGAGCAAGCCUAUGCACCCGAACUCCUCGACAACCUCAUCUUCCGCUACGAAGAACCAAGCACACACAGCCGCUGGGACAAACCCCUCUUCACAGUCCCCUGGGAAGAUGCCGACCCCCCCGUCCUCCCCUCCGCCGAGGUCCCCGUCGUAACACCCGUCUCCAACCUCAUCGACUCCCUCGCCUCAACCAACCUCUCCUCCGCCGCCAGCACAACGACCACAGCGCGAACCUUCACCCGCGGAUCCUCCAUCCGGCCUAGAAUCGUCGCGCACCAAGCCACAACCCAAGCCGCAGUCACAGACCCAGGCGCCCUCUACGCGAUGGAGAAACGCACGACGGCUAUCGUCAACGCAAUCCGUGCCUUCACCCAAUCCAACCCCUCCGCCGAGGAAGCUCUUGCCAAGACUGAAAACCCGCACGGCAUUGCGAUCGAUGUUCCCGAAGCUUCAAUCCCCAUUCUUAUACCCGUACACGUCGCCACGAGCGGGACGACGGAUGAAUUGGCCGGUGCGGGUGGAGUUCUCGCGGCGCCGAAGCUACAGCGCCUGCGGAGGCAGUGGAUUAGUUUGAAUCGGAGGUAUCUUAGUCACGGUCAUGGUGAAAAGCAGGGUGGUUUGGCAGCCGAUCAAGUUGGGGAUGCAUUUGUGCGGUUUUUGAAUAGUAGUAUUGGAGGUGAGGAUGGAGAAGCAUAG